AGCACCUCCGUCUUUUCGUUACAACUCAGACUGGCCAUCCACCUCAGAAAACAACAGUUCCUGCCACAAUCCAACAAAGGCGCUCAAAAGUAGCGAACUUUUCUAUUAUUUAUCCUUCGAUCAAUACCUUCUCUCGGGAAUUCGAAGCCUUCUAGCUCCUUUCCAUUUUGCUGAUUUUUGCUCUAUCUCCAAUUUCGUUGCUCUCCCACUCCUCGCUUCUGGAUUUCUUCGAGUUGUUAGUGGAGGUCUUGUUCUCGCACAGUACUGGUGGCGGUUGGUAGUGUAGUGAGGUGAACUUUAAUGGCUGUGGUGCUGCUUCUUUUCCUAAUAGCAGUUGGUGUUGCUGCUGAUGAAGAUGCUUUUAUUGGAGUCAACAUUGGUACAGAUGUUUCUGACAUGCCGAGUCCAACACAGAUUGUGGCACUGCUUAAGGCUCAGAAUAUCCAACACGUCAGACUCUAUGAUGCUGACCAGGCCAUGCUUCUUGCACUUGCCAAAACAGGAAUCCGGGUAACUGUGUCUGUUCCAAAUGAACAGAUCCUUGCCAUUGGUCAGUCCAAUGCUACUGCAGCAAACUGGGUUUCUCGCAAUGUCGUAGCUCAUGUUCCCACCACCAACAUUACCUCCAUAGCUGUUGGAUCUGAAGUACUGACUACCCUCCCAAAUGCAGGUCCAGUCCUAGUCUCUGCCCUAACAUUCAUUCACUCUGCACUAGUCGCUGCUAAUUUGGAUAAGCAAAUUAAAGUCUCCACUCCACACUCUUCUUCCAUCAUCCUUGACUCCUUCCCACCUUCCCAAGCAUUUUUUAAUCGCACAUGGGAUCCAGUCAUGGUUCCUUUGCUUAAAUUUUUGCAAUCAACUGGUUCACUUCUCAUGCUCAACGUAUAUCCAUAUUAUGAUUACAUUCAAGCUAAUGGUGUAAUCCCAUUGGAUUAUGCAUUAUUUCGUCCCCUACCUCCGAAUAAGGAAGCUGUUGAUGCCAACACUCUCCUGCAUUACACAAAUGUCUUUGAUGCUGUUGUUGAUGCUGCUUAUUUUGCAAUGUCAUAUUUGAACUUCACCAAUAUCCCUAUUCUGGUGACUGAGUCAGGAUGGCCCUCCAAAGGUGGCUCAUCUGUGUCAGAUGCAACGCUUGAUAAUGCAAACACUUAUAAUAGCAACUUGAUCAGGCAUGUCCUUAACAAGACGGGGACUCCUAAACAUCCUGGAGUUGCAGUUAGUACUUAUAUCUAUGAGCUUUAUAAUGAAGACUUGAGAGAUGGUCCAGUCUCAGAAAAAAACUGGGGACUUUUUUAUCCUAAUGGAGAACCAGUUUAUGUCUUACAUUUAACUGGCGCUGGUACUGUGUUGGCAAAUGAUACAACAAAUCAGACUUUUUGUGUUGCGAGGAGUAACGCAGACGCUCAGAUGCUACAGGCUGGACUUGAUUGGGCUUGUGGACCCGGGAAAGUGGAUUGUUCAGCUUUGCUGCAAGGCCAACCAUGUUAUGAACCAAAUAAUGUAAUUUCACAUGCUACAUAUGCUUUCAAUGCAUAUUAUCAGACGAUGGACAAAUCUCCUGGCAGUUGUGAUUUCAAAGGUGUUGCCGUUGUCACCACCACAGAUCCGAGUCAUGGUUCUUGUAUCUUUCCUGGAAGUGGUGGUAAAAACAGAACCAGCUCGAACGGCACAUCACUGGCACCAUCCUCCAAUUCUACAUCAGGCUGCUUUUCUAAAUACUAUUACAAUGGUGAAUCCUUCACAAGCUCUGUGAUCAUAGGUAUUUUACUAUGGAGUGCAAUUGUCAUCUAAACUAGCCACAUUUGCUCUCUGCAAUUAGCAUUGGGAUCAGAUUUAUGGAGGCACGAUCUUCAACUGCCUUUAUGAAGGUUGCUGCAAAACGCAAUUUUGUUUUCCUCUUCUUGUGGAUUUAAAGGGAGAUAGGCUUCAUCAACAUGUAUAUUUCAUUUGUAAUGUAUGUCUUCCGUUUGAUAUUAUGUACAAACAAACGGUAGAAAUUUGACCCCAUUUAUGAAAGUACCAAGCCAGUUGGAAGCUGUACUAUUUAUGGCUCCAUAUAAAUAGUGCGGCUUCCACUAACAUUUUAUACAAGUAUUGAUGACAUGAAUAUUGGCUAGCUUUUAUAUCAGUGAUUUAUAUUCUUUGA